AUGCUGAAAUAUGGGACUAGUACUAUUGAUACAUCAAACCCAAUAGUCCUAAAAGUUCCUAGCGGUGGAGCAUGGGAAGUUAAAUUGACCAAAUUUGAUGAUGAUGAUCAUCUAUGGUUGGGUGAAGGUUGGCCAGAGUUUGCAAGGCAUCACUCCAUAAAAUGUGGAUAUACAUUGUAUUUUAGAAAUGAAGGCCAAUCUAGAUUUCAUGUAGUCAUAGUGAAUGAAAAUGGAUCAGAAAUAGAUUACCCUGUUAAUGAUUCCAAACAUUUUGAUAAGAUAGAUCCCGAUUUCGAUGAGCUACCCUUACCCGAGAUAGGUGAAGAAAACCAAGAUCUUCAUUGUGAUGAUAAUAUCUUCAACAGUCAGUCACCACCAUUUCCUUCUCCAAAGAAAAAAGCUUUGGGAGGUUUAAGGCUUGUGCUAAAUGGGGUGAUGGAUUAG